CGGUUCUGUUUUUUUUAGUUUACCGAUUCAACAACUUUUUUAAAGACAAUUUUACUUACUUGACAUUUAGAAAAUAGCAAAAUGAAUGAUUCUUUCAAUGACGUUCCCAAAAUUUUGCCAAUUAUUCCAAUCAGGAAUAAAGUUCUCCUUCCUAGCGCAUCGCUUGUACUUCAAGUUGUUAGCAAAGAUUCGGUUCAACUUCUUCAAAGAAUUUAUAGAUCUGCCGAAAAUAAAGAGUCGAAAUAUAUUAUUGGCUGUGUUCCAGUCCAUCCACCCUCUUAUAAUAAGCUUGAAUCCAAAGACACAACGACUGCCCCUUUUACUUUGACACGAAAUGGCAAUAUCAAUCAAUUCAACCGUCAGAUUUACAUAAAUUUGGGUGUGCCGCUAGAAUUGUUAAAUUGGAACGAACAGUUAAUGGUUUUAUAGUGAGAAUCGAAGGUGUUAUUCGUAUUCGUAUUGAUAAAUAUGUUCUUGAAAGACCAUAUCUUGAAGCUGAAGUGACUGUCUUUCCCGAUCCAUCUGUUUCUAAGGAUGAUAAUGAAUUACAGGAGCUUGCUAAUUCUUUAAAAACAACCGGACGUGAAUUACUUGUAAUAUUUCAAAACUUGAAAUUUCCGACAGCUUAUCUCAUUCAGCUUCAAAAGUAUAUUGAAAAUGGUCCUGUCGGAUUGUUGACUGAUUUUUUGAUUAACACAAUCGAAUGCACAUAUGAAGAAAG